AUGGCGUCCGCCGACCGCCCGCGCUCAAACGUCUGCUUCCGAUGCGCCGAGAUCAAACAAGCCUGCGACGGUAAGUCGCCAUGUUCGCGAUGUGCGCGUCUGAGUCUCCCGUGCCGUCCCAAAGACUCGACCGCCGCCGCCCAGCACACCACGUUCUACGACCCCAGCGCCGAAGGCUGGAUGCCGCUCAAUGAACCCAAGGCCCGCAUACGCAGAGUCCAGACCGGGUGUCUGAUGUGCAAGAAGCGCAAAAAGAAGUGCGACGAGAGGAAGCCUCGGUGCGGCGACUGCGGGAGACUGUGCCUGGACUGCUCGUGGCCGCCCGAACGAGAGCAGAGAACAAGGAGGAGGCGAAGGAGUACAAGCCCUGGGAUGGAGAUGUGGGCUGCUCUGGGGAUGGGGAUCGGCAUGAAUCCAGAUGGGUCGCAAAGCCUGCCAAGUUCGACUGAAAUGAAUGCUCUGUUUGGAUCGAGUGGCGAAGGCGAGAUGCCAGGUUCGGGAGGUCAACUCCAGACGGGCUUCACCCUCAACGGCUCAGAGAUGGGUUUCAGAGCCUCCGUGGACGACAUGUCCUGGGAUUUUCCCGUCAGUCCCGGAUGGCUGGAUUUGCUUCCAGAAACACCAGCGUUUUCCACGAGCCCUUCCGAUAGCAUGGUGUCUGAAUCGCUGAGCCUGUACGUUCCGAGCCUGACGCCAGGCCUAACCUCUCCUGACGACAAGGCCCUGCUGAACCACUACUCCACCAUUGUCGCAACAAUUCUCUCGAGACGGGCAGACGUGAAAGCCAACCCGUACACAAGCUACCUCCUUCCCAUGGCCCUAUCCAGCGAUUUGGUCCUUCACUGCGUGCUGGCACUGAGCGCCAAGCACUGGUACAAACUGCAGCCGCGGAUGGGAAAUCGAGGUCUCCUCCAUCAGAGCAAGGCGACACAGUCGCUGGCCGGUCUGCUGCCCCAUGUGAAUAAGGCGUCGGCGGAUAUUGCCCUCGUGGCGUCCCUGCUGCUGUGCAUGACGGAGCUGUUUGACGGCAAGUCGACGGGUUGGAAGCUCCACCUCAAGGGCGCCAAACGGCUCCUAGGGACGCUGAUAUCCGAGCAUGGCGAUGCUCUCACCGGAAACUACAAGUUCCUAGUUCGCCUCUCUCGAUUCCUCGACAGCGCAACCACAACCAGCACGUGCAUGCCGCCUCUCAUCGAGGAGGAGGAAGGCGAAGGAGCCGCGCUGGACCGUCUGGCCGCCACGCCCGACGACGAAGACACCGCCGUGUACGGCAUACCCAAGGAGCUAUUCCACCUGGUCGACCGAGUCAACAGCCUGGCAAACAAGCGGAAGAACCGCGUGGACGACCAUUCAGAGGCGGAGUUCCGCAACGAGGCUUCCAUCGUCGAGGAACACCUCGACCGUUGGAGUUUUGAGUACGGCGGGCUGUCCCGCGCCGUCUCGACCCGGUUCCCCUCGAACGACGACGUGCUCCAUGCCACUACCGCGUACGAGUGGGCGCUGCGACUGCGGCUGCACCAGAUCACCGACGGAUACACGCUCACCGACCCAAAGGUGUCUCAAGCGGUGGAAGGGAUCCUCACCUCGGUGCAGAAAAUCCGCUACGGCAGCGCGCUGGAAGGAUGCCUGCUCUUCCCGCUCGUCAUGGCGGGCGGCGCGUGCGACCAGCUUGAGCACCGGGUCAUCAUCCAGGACAGGCUGAUGGUCAUGGAGCGGACGUACGGGUUCGGGUACAUCUACCACUCGCGAGAACUCGUCGAGAGGGUGUGGGAUAGGAGGGAUAAGAUGCAGGGAACCGGGGCGAUAAUUAACUGGGCUAGGCUCAGAUUCGAAGAGAUGAGCGGGCUGGUCGUGUUUUGA